CCCGCCCAGGGACGCGUCCGCACGAAGACGGUGAAGAAGGCCGCCCGGGUGAUCAUCGAGAAGUACUACACCCGCCUGGGGAACGACUUCCACACCAACAAGCGGGUGUGCGAGGAGAUCGCCAUCAUCCCCAGCAAGAAGCUACGGAAUAAGAUCGCAGGGUAUGUCACCCACCUGAUGAAGCGUAUUCAGAGGGGACCUGUCCGAGGCAUCUCCAUCAAACUGCAGGAGGAGGAGAGGGAGAGGAGGGACAACUAUGUCCCUGAGGUCUCUGCCCUCGACCAGGAGAUCAUCGAAGUGGACCCAGACACCAAGGAAAUGCUGAAGCUCCUGGACUUUGGCAGCCUGUCCAACCUGCAGGUGACACAGCCCACGGUGGGGAUGAACUUCAAAACGCCCCGAGGAGCACUCUGAGUCGGUCGCUGUAUGUCACUUUUCCAAUAAAUAUGGGGAAACCA